AAUGAGAGGCGUUUGCGACCAAAUCUGACACUGAAGCAGAGCAGUUACAAGUUGUCCAUCGUCCUGGGCACCUGAUAGCAUCACUGUUGCUAACUGGCAUAUUCCGUUAAAUAGGGAGGAAAAACAAAACAACGAAACCAAAUCUCUCUCUCUCUCUCUCUCUCUCUCUCUCUCUCUCUCUCUCUCUCUCUCUCUCUCUCUCUCUCUCUCUCUCUCUCUCCCCUCGCACUCUAGCUCUCUCUCUCUCUUCUCUCUCUUUGGGUCAGGCAUCUCUUAACCAUCCACUGUCUUGUUAAGACAAUUGCGGGUGAUCAUCGCGUGAGCCAAGAACGUUUACUGUACAACCUAUAUCGGCUGUUACAACGUCAUGACAGCCGAAAAGACUAUCCCAAUAAUUAAUGGAAAACCGGACGAUGCUAUGGACCCCGAGGCUUCAAACACCAAUCUCGUGGGUAGCAAUGACAGAAAAGUGAACGAGAGAGGACACUGGAACAAUAAGAUUGAGUACGUGCUGUCCGUCGCUGGAGAAAUCAUAGGACUUGGCAACGUGUGGAGAUUUCCUUAUCUUUGCUAUAAGAACGGAGGGGGUGCUUUCCUGGUGCCAUAUGUGAUAUUCUUCAUUUGCUGUGGAAUACCAUUGUUCUUCCUGGAGACAGCUCUGGGCCAAUUUACCAGUGAAGGGGGGAUUACCUGUUGGCGAAAAGUGUGCCCACUUUUUGAGGGUAUUGGAUAUGCUACCCAAGUCAUCGAAGCCCAUUUGAAUGUAUAUUAUGUCAUCAUUUUGGCUUGGGCUAUCUUUUACCUAUUCAAUUGCUUCACAACGGAUCUCCCUUGGGCUUCAUGUGGACAUUAUUGGAAUACAGAGAGCUGUAUGGAAUUUCACGUAGUGAAUGGAACCAAUGUCAGCCACCCCAAUGCCACUUCGCCAGUCAUAGAGUUUUGGGAGCGACGCGUCCUGGGCAUAUCAAGUGGAAUCGAACACAUUGGGAAUUUAAGAUGGGAACUAGCUCUGUGCCUGCUCCUGGCAUGGUUCAUAUGCUAUUUCUGCAUAUGGAAAGGACCCAAAUCCACAGGAAAGGUUGUGUAUGUGACUGCAACCUUUCCCUAUGUCAUGCUGCUGAUUUUGCUGAUUCGAGGGGUCACUUUACCAGGAGCGGCAGAUGGGAUUAAGUUCUAUCUGUACCCCGACAUAUCCCGGCUGUCUGACCCUCAGGUUUGGGUGGAUGCAGGAACUCAGAUAUUCUUCUCCUAUGCCAUCUGUCUGGGCUGCCUGACUGCUCUGGGAAGUUACAACAGCUACAACAACAAUUGUUACAGGGAUUGUAUCAUGCUGUGCUGCCUGAACAGUGGGACCAGUUUUGUUGCUGGAUUCGCCAUUUUCUCUGUGUUGGGAUUCAUGGCUUACGAGCAGAAUGUGCCAAUUAAAGCGGUCGCAGAGUCCGGCCCGGGUCUUGCCUUCAUCGCCUACCCUAAAGCUGUGACCAUGAUGCCUCUGUCUCCCUUGUGGGCCUGUCUGUUCUUCAUGAUGCUCAUCUUUCUGGGGCUGGACAGCCAGUUUGUGUGUGUGGAGAGCUUGGUGACUGCGGUUGUGGACAUGUACCCUCAGACCUUCAGAAGGGGUUAUCGCAGGGAGCUGCUCAUCCUUGGCCUGUCAAUAGUCUCCUUCUUCGUAGGUCUCAUUAUGCUAACAGAGGGUGGGAUGUAUGUUUUCCAGCUGUUUGAUUCGUAUGCAGCCAGUGGAAUGUGUUUGCUGUUUGUGGCUAUCUUUGAGUCGAUAUGUAUUGGUUGGGUUUAUGGCAGCGACAGAUUCUAUGAUAACAUAGAGGACAUGAUUGGUUACCGACCUUUCUUCUUCAUCAAGUGGUGCUGGAUGUUCCUGACUCCUGGCAUCUGUGCUGCGAUCUUCCUUUUCUUCUUGAUCAAGUACACGCCCCUGAAAUACAACAAUGUGUACACUUACCCAGACUGGGGUUAUGGGAUUGGUUGGAUGAUGGCUCUUUCCUCCAUGGUCUGCAUACCUUUGGGGGUCUUCAUUAAGAUCUGGAAAACAGAAGGCACCUUUUCAGAGAGAAUUAAGAAGUUGACCACGCCAAGCCCAGACUUGAAGAUGAGAGGUAAGCUAGGGGCCAGCUCAAGCCCCUAUGCAGUAAAUGACUGUGAUGCCAAACUGAAAGGGGAUGGCACCAUUUCCACUAUCACGGAAAAAGAAACACAUUUUUAAACUGGCCGCCACCAAUGCCAUCGAUGCAACAGAAAAUCAGAAGUGAACAAAUGACUGUGUGUUUUAUUUUGUAAAAAAACAAAACAAAAGAAAAAGAAAAGAUGAAACACAUAAUUAUAGAGACUGGCUUGUUUUGCACAAAUUUUAUUAACAAUAGAUAUACAUUAUGUGAUGAUUAAAUCUGUUACCUUUUAGUAAUGUUAUAGGUAAAUACAGAAUAUGAAAAUGUUCAAUAUGUCGUAGCAUCUAGUCUACAUUUGUGACACCUAGUGAGUGUUUACUGUUAGGAUGAUGCUGAUGUAAAAUGUGAUGUACAACUUUUAUACUUGGACUUUUUUUUGUUUGUUUUUGCAAAGUUUUGUAUAGAGAUGUAUUCUAACAUGUAGAUACACUCAGACCAUUCCAAAUUGUAUUGUAUGUCUACGGGUUGAGAGAGGGCCUUGUUCUAGCUGUGGGGAAGCAGAAGGGCUCUUAGCAGUAGCUAUCAUCACCUGAAGAUGAUUUUCACCUCACGGCCUCCCUCGUUCUCACCGUCAGCUGUAACUCGCAGGGCGAGUUUUGGGGGGUCAGUACUGUUUUUUUGUUGUUGUUGUUGUUGUUUUUAAGGCCUGGAAUCCUGUCAUUUCACAGUGAUUAAACUGAGUUUAAUCGAAUGUGACAGGGGUCAUGUGAUUUAAGCAUUUUGCUUUCCUGCUCUUGCUGUAAACAGAGGCGAGCGUUCUCGACGUCGCCUUUCAAAAACUCUGCAGAACGCUUCAUCCCCCCACUGUUAGAUUUGCUCUCAGAUCUGAUAUUCGACUCUCUCAGCAUAGUGGUGUUGGACCUGCACACCUGUGUGUUGAAGGGGACUGCCGGUGUGGUCAGUGUUAGUCUAUCAGCCGCAGGUCAGUUAGACCCCUUCUCGGGCACAGUGGUGGGGAUCAGGGUCCUCAGAGACAGACACUGGUGGGUGGUUGUGCACUGCAGUAAGGGCAAAUUGAGCUGGUCUCACCCCAGACUUUUUCCACACCCGUAUCAGUACGGACCUGCUCCUGCUACACAGUCGUGAAUGUACUGUGAACUCUGUACACAUGCAUGCUCCUUUGGUGUGGUCUUCUCCGUCGUGCAUUAUUACUAAAGUUUGUGCUAGCAAACGUGCACAUUAAAUAGCCACUUAACAUUUAAUGAUAGAUGUAUAUUUUUAAAUCUCAUUAGCUUUUGUGUACUAUUUCUUGAAACAAAUGUGUUAAAAAGGAAAAGAAAAUCAUGUUUCUGUGAAGAAUUUUGAUAUGUUGUACAACAGUUUGUCCUAUUGAAGUUUUAGCAGUAUAAUGGAAAUGUUGUAUGUACUGUUUUACACAGAUUUUGUUAUUCACAGGACACACGGUUUUAUUGUCUGCUUACUCAUUUUUAAAAAUAAAUGUUAAAAAAGGAAA